AUGUCUGGUCCUACCUGGCCGCCUCCGAAGACUCCGGAGAGACCCGUCCCCCAGAUGUCUGACUCUGGACCAGCCGUGUACAGACAGCCGCCCAAGAAGGUCUCCUCGGACGCCCGGCCCAAGUAUGUGGUCCAUGACCAGAACAGAGGAGGAGGCGGAAUGGCCACUAGGUACAUGGCUUCUGGACCCACAGCUGGGCCCAUGCAGCACCACCACCAAGAGGACCCAGGGUUUCACCCUAAAUCUAAUGACCACUACUACCAACCACCUCCCCACCGGCUCAAAGAAGACCAAUCCUUGAACCCUCACAUGGACCGCUACCAGCUGAUGCACCAGGGACCUCCUGAGAAGCCGAUUGGACACCAUUCCAUCAUCGAUGCAGAGAUUGACUUGCUCACCUGCAUGCUGGAUGGUCUGGACAGCUAUUCACAAAACAGCACACAGCUGUACGACAACGUGCCUUACAACAAACACAUCACAGGGGACUGCUACAAACCCUCAGCCCAGCCAGGAGCACCCUCUCAGGGCAGGUUGUUCAUGGGUCUCCCACCUCACCCCCAACACCAGUAUCGUCCUACACCCCCAUUCCCCAGAGAUCCCCUGUACUUCACCCAGCCAGACUACGCCGAUGCCCAGGUCUCCAAACCUUACCCCCAGCCUGUCCCUUCCUCCUACACUACAGCCUCCACCACUACUCGCCCGAGAAUUUGCGUCCAGGACAAAACAGCCCAGCCUGUAACCUACUCCCAGACAGGUAGGCAAGCUGAGCAGGGUUACACCCCUCCCCCACACCACCAGCACGCUUUGCGGCCCUCGCCCCGGAAUCAGACUGUCCCUCAUGGCUGGUACCCUUCCAACCCUGCUUCCAAAGCCCAGGAGCUGCACUCUGAGAGGGGUUACAAGGGGCGUGCCGCAGGGUCGGGAGGGAGAGCUACCCAAUGCCCCACGUCCAAUAGAGGCACAGAGACUAAAAAAUCUGGGUCAUGCUCGGCACCAAGCUCCGUCUGUCAGCCCAGUAAGCAGGGGACAGCAGCUUUGAGACCAGAGGAGGAGUUGGACCAGCUCACUAAGAAGUUGGUGUAUGACAUGAAUCAUCCGCCUGCCAAAGAAUACUUUGGUCGUUGUGCACGUUGCGGUGACAACGUCCUUGGCGGCUGUAUCGCCAUGGAGCAGGUGUUCCACGUGGAGUGUUUCACUUGCAUCACCUGCCACGCCUGUCUCAGGUGGAAACCGUUCUAUGCCCUGGACAAGCAGAGCUACUGCGAGAGCUGUUACACUACUACCCUAGAGCGCUGCUCCAAGUGCUCCAAACCCAUCCGGGACCAUAUCCUGCAGUUCAUGGGCAAGGCCUACCACCCACGCUGCUUCAACUGCGUGGUCUGUGGCUGCUGCCUGGACGGCGUGCCCUUCACCCUGGACGCCACCGCUCAGAUCCACUGCCUAGAUGACUUCCACAGGAAGUUUGCCCCUUGCUGCUCAGUGUGUGGCCAGGCCAUCGUGCCUGAGCCGGGCCAGGAUGCGGCGGUCCGUAUAGUGGCACUGGACCGCAGCUUCCACGUCAACUGCUAUGGGUGUGAGGAGUGUGGUCUGCGCCUGUCGUCUGAGGUUAAGGGGCGAGGCUGUUACCCCUUCGACGGUCACAUCCUGUGUAAGGGCUGCAGCGCCCGGCGCAUCCAGGACCUCUCUGCCAAUAUCUCCACUGACUGCUAA